AUGGACGACGGUACCAUUCAUCAGCUGAUUGUGAUAAUCGAGCAUGCCACCUUCCGGAGCAAUGGUUUCCUCAAGCCCAAUCCGUACGUCGAGUUUUCGAUCGAUGGCAAAACUUCACGCAAGACAGAUAUCAUCAAAAACACCAACACACCGAAAUGGAACGAACGGUUCACAAGUAUCGUGUCGCCCGGCUCAGUACUGCACUUUCGCGUCCUCGACCAUUCCAGCUUCCGCAAGGAUUCCCUGCUCGGUCAGCAGACGGUCGAGCUGGCGGGCAUUUUGCGCCACUACAACGGCGUGCUAGAACUGCUCGAGCUUAAUAUGGAUCUGCUGAUCGAUGGGACGGGUUCGUCGAAAACUAGCGAACCUCGACAGCCGGUAAAGGCAGGCGAGCUAGUUGUCGUUCUUGAUGGGUUAAAGAUCGAUAUGCGUAAUUUGGUGGGUGCUGGCGGAACGGGCGCUAUUCGCAACAGUGAGGGGGUAAGCAGUAGCACCAGUAUGGUCAACGGAAAUGGGCAGCUGACGGUGGGUUCCACGGAUUUGGCGCAGAACGGUGCACACUAUCACACGCUUCGGAGCAGCAUACUAAACGGUGGCAUUAGGGCGCGAAUGCGUUUACGUGGCAACGGUACCAGUGCAUCACAGCAGCUGCAACCGCCGCCCCCAUCAUCGGCUGGUGGUAUCCUGAAUCAUGCAUUAGUUCCGUCAUCUUCCUCCUCAUCAUCAUCGUCGGCAACCGUGCACCAGUCGCAACAUUCGCCCGCUUCCCACGCUAUCCAAAACAACAACAGCACGAGUAAUAACGCCACGUCGUCCGACGUUGUGCCCUCGUUCAACGAGUUCAGUAUAGCAGCUGGAUCAUACGGAAUGGGUAACGGUGUGAUGACGGCCGGAUCGUCUCCAAAUGGUGGAACCGGAUCACAGUCCACUGGGGCAACUUCCUCCUCAACGGGGGCUAUUCGAAGGAGUGGCAUUAACUGGGAUCAGCAGAAUGUAUCACCGGUAGCAUCAUCGAUGGCGGGAUCCCAUACCCGACUGGGACCAGUUUAUUCGAACUCCUCGCAGGAAGGACUCAUCAAUGGUGUACCGGGCGGUGGUCAUACGAGCACUGCCUUACUCCCAGUUGCCGGGGGAAGCCCUGGUGGUGUCAAUGGAGCCGCCGGUAUGGCGAUGCCGAUGGGAGGAAGCUUAACCGAUCAGCAAAUCAUUCUGCAGCAUCAACAACAGCAGCAGCAAAAUCCAAUAGACGACGAACCUCUACCGGCAGGUUGGGAAAUGCGUGUGGAUAAGUUCGGUCGGCGGUAUUACGUCGAUCAUAACACGCGCUCGACAUACUGGGAGAAACCGCAACCUUUACCGGCCGGCUGGGAACAACGGCGUGAUCCACGCGGCCGAGUAUACUACGUCGAUCAUAACACACGUACUACUACUUGGCAACGACCAAACAGCGAGCGGCUAAUGCACUUCCAGCACUGGCAGGGUCAACGGCAACACAUCAUCUCACAAGGCAAUCAGCGGUUCCUGUAUCCGCAGCACGCUCAACAAUCGAACUCGAUCUCGGUAGCCCACGAAGAAGACGAUGGUCUUGGCCCCCUACCGGACGGAUGGGAAAAGCGCGUCCAACCGGACAAUCGGGUGUACUUUGUAAAUCACAAAAACCGCACCACCCAGUGGGAGGAUCCACGGACCCAGGGCCAGGAGGUGAGUAUGCUAGCGGAAGGUCCAUUACCGCCCGGUUGGGAGAUUCGCUACACGGCCAAUGGUGAACGAUUCUUCGUCGAUCACAACAAUCGCAAAACCACCUUCGAAGACCCACGGCCCGGCGCGCCGAAGGGUGCGAAGGGUGUGUACGGUGUGCCGAAGGCAUACGAACGAUCAUUCCGCUGGAAGCUCAGCCAGUUCCGGUAUUUGUGUCAGAGUAAUGCGCUGGCGUCACACAUUAAAAUUACGCUUACGCGACAAACGCUGUUCGAGGAUUCGUACCACCAAAUCAUGCGAUUGCCUGCAUACGAGCUGAGGCGCCGGUUGUACAUUAUCUUCCGCGGUGAGGAAGGCCUGGAUUAUGGCGGUGUUUCCCGAGAGUGGUUUUUCCUUCUUUCGCACGAAGUGCUCAACCCGAUGUACUGCCUGUUUGAGUACGCGAACAAAAACAACUACAGCCUGCAGAUUAACCCAGCCAGCUACGUAAAUCCGGAUCACCUGCAGUACUUCAAAUUUAUUGGACGUUUCAUCGCGAUGGCCCUGUAUCAUGGGCGGUUCAUCUAUUCCGGAUUCACCAUGCCGUUCUACAAGCGCAUGCUGAACAAGAAGCUAACGACCAAAGACAUCGAAACGAUCGAUCCGGAAUUUUACAAUUCGCUGAUAUGGGUGCGGGACAACAAUAUCGACGAGUGUGGGUUGGAGCUGUGGUUCAGCGUCGAUUUCGAGGUGCUGGGACAGAUCAUUCAUCACGAGCUGAAGGAGAAUGGCGAUAAGGAGCGGGUGACGGAGGAGAACAAGGAAGAAUACAUCUCGCUCAUGACCGAGUGGCGAAUGACGAGGGGUAUCGAGGAGCAGACAAAAACGUUCCUGGACGGGUUCAAUGAAGUGGUCCCGCUUGAGUGGCUGAAAUACUUUGACGAGCGCGAACUGGAGCUGAUGCUGUGCGGGAUGCAAGAGAUCGAUGUGGACGAUUGGCAACGCAAUUCAAUCUAUCGCCAUUAUAACCGCAACAGCAAACAGGUCGUUUGGUUCUGGCAGUUUGUUCGUGAAACGGACAAUGAGAAACGUGCCCGUUUGUUGCAAUUCGUUACCGGUACUUGUCGCGUUCCGGUCGGUGGUUUUGCCGAGCUGAUGGGUUCAAACGGUCCACAGCGUUUCUGCAUCGAGAAGGUGGGCAAGGACACGUGGCUGCCACGAUCGCACACAUGUUUCAAUCGGUUGGAUCUGCCACCGUACAAGAGCUACGAUCAGCUGGUCGAGAAGCUGAACUAUGCGAUCGAAGAGACUGAAGGUUUCGGGCAGGAGUAA